CGCGGGGCGGCGGCGGCGGGGACGCGCGCGCGCCCCCUGGCGGCUGCCCGGAGAUCGCGGCUUUGGCCGGGGAGGGGCUGGAGACCCCCGAGGAGGGGCUGGAGACCCCCGGGGAGGGCACGGGGGAGCCAAAGGUCAUGGCCAGCCUGGAGACCACCGAGGAGGCCAAGGGGGACCCGGAGACCAUCGACAGAAGCAAAGGGAGCCUGGAGGACACAAGCGGCGACGGCUUGGAGCAGGAAAAAGGGGGUUCGGAGACCACCAGAGAGGGCACAGGGGGGAUGGAGACCACCAGUGAGGCCGUAGGAGACCUGGAAAUUGCUGUCACACACUCCUUGGAGAAGAGCAAGGAUGGCCCGGAGACUCCCAUGGAAUCCAAGGGAAGCCUGGAGACCACCAGCGAGGCCACGGGCGGUCUGGAGACCACCAGCGAGGCCACGGGCGGUCUGGAGACCAGCAGGGAGGCCACGGGCGGUCUGGAGACCACCAGGGAGGCCACGGGUGGUCUGGAGACCAGCAGGGAGGCCACGGGCGGUCUGGAGACCAGCAGGGAGGCCACUGGGAGCCUUGGGACCACCAGUGGGCGCAGAGGGAGCCUGGAGACGGCCGUCACUCGCUGCUUGGAGCAAGGCAGGAGGAGCAGGGGGAGCCUGGAGACCACCACCAAGGUCCUGGGCAGCGUGGAGAGUGAUGCUUCUCCUGGUGGGGAGCAGAAGAGCACCAGCAGGCGCAAGGCAAAGACCCCUGCGAGGCCCAGGGCGAGCAUAGAGACUGCCAGCCCCCCGUGCCUGCGGUGGGAGAGAAGCCUGGACACCAGCAGGGAGAGCUUGGAGGCCGCCAGGGAGGACGCGGGGAGCCCGGAGAGCACCAUCAGCGGCCACGUGAAGCGGGACAGAGAGCAGAAGGGAGGCGUGGAGUCCCCCACGGAGCCCGAGGAGGGCCCGGAGCCCACGGCCUGCGUGGGGCAGAGCCGCGGCGGCCCCGGGCUCCCAGACCCCGUGGGCGUCCCGGAGCCCGCGGGGGUGCCGGUCCCCAAGGAGCACGUGGCCGAGGAGAGCGCGGUGAUCUCCCUGGACGAGGACGAGGAGGAGGAGGAGGAGCGGGACGAAGGGCCGGCGCGGUACCUGGCGGCGCUGGAGGCCGUGCAGCUGGAGCUGGAGGCCGUGGAGGAGGAGGCGGCGCGAGCCUUCCGCCGCCUGCGCGCCCGCUUCUGCCUGCGCCGCCGGCCGCACCUGCAGCGCCGCAACCGCCUCAUCCAGCACAUCCCCGGCUUCUGGGUCACCGCCUUCCUGAACCACCCGCAGCUCUCGGCCAUGAUCAGCGACCGCGACGAGGACGCGCUGAGCUACAUGACGAGUUUGCAGGUGGAGGAGUUCGGGCAGAGCCGCCCCGGGUGCCGCAUCCGCUUCUUCUUCAGCGUCAACCCCUAUUUCCAGAACGACGUCGUGGCCAAGGAGUUCGUGCGCGGCCCCUCCGGUCACCUGGUGUCCCACUCGACGCCGAUCCGGUGGUGGCAGGGGCAGGACCCCCGCUGCCGUCCCCACAAGGGUCCCCCGGCCCCUCGGAGCUUCUUUGCGUGGUUUGGGGAUCACAGCUUCCCUGCAGGGGACCGUGUGGCUGAGAUCAUCAAGGAGGAGCUUUGGCCCAACCCGCUCCAGUUCUACCUGCUGGGGGAGGGCGCCGAGGGACCCCCUGACAGCGAGAGCGGCGAGGACUGCGUGGUGAUCCUGGAUGACGACGAGGACGUGCAGGAGAUCCCGGAUGAUGGGGAUGGUAGUGGCGUGGAAGAGAUCCCAACAGAGGAGCCCCCCAACCCCCCCGUGGGACACAAAGACCCCAACAGGGGCAGAAUUUAACUGGGGGGGGGGAUUUGGGGGUGCUGCACAUCUCCACCCCCCCGGCAUUGCGGGUAACGAGGGGCUGGGGGCCCCCAACACAGCUCAGGGUGUUCGAAGGCCUUUCACCCCCCUGCCCCCCAAACCUUUCAUGACCCCCCCCACCUCCGGGGACCCCCAAUCUCCCCAGCUUCGUUACCUGGGGGGUGGGGGGGUCCCCUAAAAUCCCUCCCCCCC